AUGUGCGUCCAAGGUGUUGAGGGGGAGGAUGUUGAGGAGGAGGAGGAGGAGGAGGAGGAGGAGGAGGAGGAGGAGGAGGAGGAGGAGGAGGAGGAGGAGGAUGAGGAGGAGGAGGAGGAGGAGGAAGAGGAGGAGGAGGCAGUGGCGUCGGCAGCGGUGGUGGUGGUGCCAAGAAUCAAACGAACUGAUCUAUCCCUUCUGCCCCACCCCUCUUUCGUCAGUGCGUACAGGAGGUAG